GGAGAUUUAAGUAUCAAACAGUAGUGAGCAGUCGCCCUUGAGCAGUAAAUGUGCUUUGGCUAAAUUGUGUUGUGAAAGACAUUCGUUUUGACAUUUUCCUAAGUAUAGCUAAGGAAACAAGAAUUUGUGAUGCUAGAGAAAAUUACUUACUUUUAGAGAAAGUAUCGCGUGGUUUGUGUAUUGUGUUUCCAUUUAUGUGUUUGCCAUCCGUCUGGCAAGAACUGUUCGUGAUCUUUGGAUUAAAGUGCGAUUGACUUCAGGUGUAUCAAACUUUUCUAGACUACCAACAGGUGUCAAUGGCAUUUGUCGCUUUGGGAAAGAUGACAUCAAACACCCAAUUCAAAUCCCCCCAAAACAAUAGGCUUCUCGAUAAGUUAUCCCGAAUUACCAAAAAUCUGGCCACACCCUUUGAGCCCGAAACUUCAUGUGAAGAAGGAUUGGCGAAAAUUAUCCUUGCACUAUCGAAUUUCUCUUCGGUAGACUACAGAAAUCAAGGCGAGCACUCAGCAGCAAUUCCUCUGCCUGAUUUGGCUUCUCCAAAACAGCCGGAAAUACUGAAAAAGUUCCCCCGCGUGAAAUUUAAUUUCACCGGUCAUGGCAAAAAGUCGCAAACUUUUUCAAACGCCAAGGUUCGGAAACUUGAUGAGUCUAUUGCCCGGUUAAGGAAAACCAACAAGGAACUGAAGAAAAAGUUGAAUAAAGCUAGACAAGAACUCAAUUUAGGGAUCCCAAAGGAUGCUACCCAUUCAAACGCUUCGAAUGAGGUGUUUGAAUUAGAGGGUGAAGGUUUUUUUCAUGAGCCUGAAGUGUCUUGUAGAGAUGGGAUGCAGCAGCAUUUUCCAAUCGAUAAUUCUAAUAUCCCUGAUCCCGUGCCAACCAAAACGUCAAAUGAAAAGAAAGUUUUUAAAUGCGACGUUUGCCCCAUGGAAUUCACCGCGAAAGGAACCCUCGAAAAACACAAAAUGAAGCACGCCCAUCCUUUAAAAUGGAUUGAAUGCCAAUAUUGUGAACAUAAGACAGUUUAUGCUGGAAAUAUGAUACGUCAUUUAAGGAUUCAUGGAAGUGCUGGUGAAAAGCAGCAAUUCAAAUGCGACGUUUGUUCUAAGAAUUUUUCCCGGAAAGAUCAUCUCAAAUUCCACAAAUUAGGUCACAUGACUCCUCAAGCUUGCCCUUUUUGUGAUAAAUAUAAAACACCUUAUCCGAUUCGACUGACGCAUCACAUUCGAAUGACCCACAACAAGUAAAUUUCAGAACCGCAGUUCUGUGUUCGUGAGAAGGUGCAUAGCGAGAAGUGAUCAAGAUGUCAAAUAAUUGUUUAUGAUGCUUCGUAAAUGACACACCCGCUAGGAGAUACAAUGCAAUCUCUCAUCGUCGUCUGCUGUUAACGGUUCUUUUUUUUAUAAUUUAGUCCGAAUUUUCUACUUCAUAGCCAUCUCCGUCGUAUCAGAAGUUUAACAUUUGCAAUUGUUUUCCAUUUUCUGGGAUUUUAUUUUACUGAUGGCGUCUUCAAUUGAGUUGGAUCUUAUUUUCCAAGCAGUUGACACAAACUCGGUUCCAAAACUGAAGCAAGUACGUGACAAUUAUGGAUUGAAGACAAUCGCGAUCAAUUUAUCCAACUACACAAUCUAACGCCAGUGCAACUAAUAGCCAUCACAAAGAACAUUUUUCAUAUUGUCAAGUGGUGUGCAGGGCAGUUUAAAGAAAGCUUCAUGCUCAACUUAGAUAAGCUGGAGUGUUCAAUCGUGAUCUGACAGAUACUUUCUACUGACAAAUUUCCAAUAAUUGAACUUAUUGUUUAUCUGGUUGACACUAAAACUCCACAUUCAUCGUCUUGGUCUAAAGACCAGCUCAAUCACUCAAUGCAAGAAAGUAGUAUGACUGGAAUUGAUUGGUGCCUUACUCAUCUCUCGGCAACUUUAGCACUUUAACAGAGUUGGGAGUCUCAGCACUGAGUGGACUGCAGAGCUGGAAAGAUUCUAUGGCCCCACAACUUUCCUUAUCUGAUGGUGACUUGGCUGACUUCAAUGUAUGAAACUUUUCGAAUUCAUGCACUGUUAUUGACACAACGAAUCUUGGACCAACUCAAUUCAGGACUACCAAGCAGACCCUACUUAUUUCAUCUGAAAAGUCUAUUGCGGUAUGCUCGUGAGUGUAGUCUCCGUAAUCAAUCUUCUCGUGCAGUCAACAUUUACCUUCUCAUUUUGGAACAAUCUCACAAUUUUAAUCCAAAGGCCAUCCUCUUCCAAGUGUAAAGACAUUUUCAUCGGUACGCUUCAUCUACUAUUAAAGUGCUUCAGUAAAAUGGAAAACGAACCCGCUUAAAGCCCAGGACGAGAAGAAUUCUCUGCAGCCAACCUAUAUUGAUGGUUAUCACAUUUUGCACAGUCACAGCGAAAGUUUUACCAGUGUAUUCAACAAACUUUUACAUUCAAACGAAAAGACGCGAUUUCAUGGGAAUCUUUUAUCUGUUUGUGUUAAAGCUUGUUCCGAAAAUCCCAGAGUUGAACGAACAAGAAAAAGAAGAAUUUGAAACUUGCUUAACCGAUUACUUUAGUCUCAAAGUGAACAAAUCUACCCUUCGCUCCUUCAUGCUGCAUUUAACGAUUCCAGCCGGCCUCUUAGUGCAACCAGCUUGAAGACUAUCCAGCUGUUUCUAAAACUCGGAGCUCAUCGAAAUGCCAUGGACGAGUAUGAUCUGAUUGAUGCUGGUAGCCACCUUGAUACAGCCAGACCAGACGGCGAGAACGUCCUCAGUAUCUUAAAAGCUAGGCGAAAGAAAAAUGAACAGGGUUUCCAUUUAUUUUGUUUCGGUCAUUAGUACCUCUAUCCUGCUACUGUCAGAGCUAUAGACCUCCUAUAGCUAUAGACUGGAGUCUAUAGCUCUGCUACUGUGUCCGUGUCAUCCGACAGCAUGCAGAUCUAUUUCACGAAGCCCAUCAAAAUCUAGAGUUCAACCUGCAGACGGGCCGGCCGGUUUGCAUGUCAUUCACGCUUGAAGGUCACGAGAUACAUUAAGUAUAACUGUCAAUGCGGUGGUGAAG